UGCAAAAUUGUUCAAUGUUGGAUUCCAAUAUGUUCUCACAUUUCCAACAGAGAAACCUGCAAAUUGUUUAGAUUUCCAGCAAAUGAUGUUGAAUGUAAAGUUUGGGCUAAAUUGAGGUAAAUUACAUUUAAAAUAGUUAUAUUCGGUUAAAUACUCAUAAAUAUACUCAUAAAUUUAUACUAAUUGAUUAAAAAUUAAAAAUUAUUUUUAUUUUUGAUUAUAAAACUUUAUACAACAGGAGAGCAGAUACAUAUCCUACAAAAAGAUAUAAGAUAUAUGGUUGUCAUUUCAAAGAUGGAAUAGGAGAAAAUGGACCAACUAUGUUUGAUUGGACUAAAAAUACAUUUUUUUUAUUUAUAUCCCCUGAAAACAUAUCAAGCAUGCAGUAA